AUGGGUAGGACCCCCUUGGCGCCCCUACUCUCAACUAGCCUUCAAGUCGACUUAAAUUCCAAUUUAUGGAGAGAUACUUUAAGAGAGUCCAGAAAAGCCCUCGCUAUCAGCCGUACAAGAAACAAGAUAGUGCGAGUUUUGACUUACCUGCUGCAAGUUCGUCCGAUUUCACUCUCAAGGAAAGCGACCUUGGUAGACUUGACUCGACCAGGUCUUCAGUGUCAACAAUAAACAAGAGACUGCUUGCUACGUUGGGUGACCCAUCCAACCCAAUCACACACUCUGAUAUCGGCAACCGUUCAGACCGCGUCAUCUCCACUUCUACUGGCCAUCAAGUUGCAGAGGACCGUCCAGACCGUCGCCUAUCAUCUAUCGAUCGCGAGAAGAAGCUUAUUCUACAAAGAGGUUGCAAAAACUCAACGCUUGAGCGCAAAGUUUUGUCAAACGUUCGAGUAUAUAUAAACGGGUACCUGAGUUGUACGACAGACAUUGAGAUGAAGAGACUUGUUGUCGAAGCUGGGGGACAUAUCCAAUUGGCUGCUUCCCGCUGCACACAUGUCGUAACGUCCCAUGGUUUAAAUGCAUCGGAAACCCAUAUAUUUUUAACGAAAAACCGACGGAACAAGAUUCACAUUGUGAAGCCAGAGUGGGUGAUCGAUAGCAUUGCGGCAGGAAGGAGACGACCUGAGAGGCUCUAUUCCGCCAUUCAGAGUAAUGUGUGAUAUGGUGUAUGGGGGAGAUCCUGUAAACAGAUGUAUCAUGAUAGUCAACCACGCUUCCUCUCGUUCAAAACACUUUUUUUCAACCGC